AUGCAACCAUGGCUCAUCGGUCGUACCACGCUAGGCUGGGUAUACAACUCGGCGUCCCUAAUUUCGUACAACAACUUCAAUAGGACGACUCCUUCAACGUUAACCUCUUCCCUCCGGUCCUCACGAGAAAUUGAAAUGUGGAAGGCGUUGUACUCGUGGGAUAUGCACUCGCAAGUUGAACGUAGGCGAUCUUAUUGCCCCGGAAUCACAAUCAGUAUGCGCGAUAUCAGACGCUCAAGUAAAUUGAGGCAGAUCAAGCUUCGCUUGUGCGUGCUGCAUGGAAUUCGAGCAUAUACAAUGCGCUCGAAGGUGUUCGAUCACCCUAGGCAUAUAUUCACGCGCUUGACUUUCCUACUAUGUGAUGGUCCUAGCUAUUUUCACACAAAGCGGGACUUUAUCUUUUGA